AUGUAUCGAAUUUGUUCUCAAAUGCUGUGUCUGAAAUGGUUCAAAUCACCCUUUAUGUCAGAUAACAAAGUAUCAAUAAUGGAUAUGCCAGAUUUAGUAAUGAGGAAGAUUAUGGGCCAUGUCGGCUUUAUAACCAUUAUGAAACUCCGAAAAGUGUGUCACGCAUUCCGAAACUUCAUCGACGAUUCAAAAGUGAAUUAUGGGUUGACUCGAGUGAAUUUCAUAGUUCGACCAUCGUUAAUCAGUGUGAUGAUUUAUUGGUCCUCUGCCGAUCGCAUCCUAUUACAUUAUGUUAAAUACGUGACGAGCAGUUUGGUGAAAGUGAAUGGAUCGGCUAGAGUAACGAUUCUAAAAAACGAAGAUUUUUUGGAUGUGUUUUCAAGAGAUCUCAGAGCAAUCUUGAGAAACCAAAGACUGCCUUCAAUGAUCUUGGAAAUAAAAGAAGAAAACUUCGAAAUUGUUGGUGCAAUGUUUUACAAGAAGUCUUUGAACAAAAUCUUCACAUCUAUCAGUAAUAAGAAUAAUGGGUGGUGUUGUCGUCGGAAUCUAUUCAACUCCCCAUGUGAAUUUGCGGAUCAUUUACGUGAUGUCAACGGCGAACCUUUUUUGAAACCAUUUGUCGAUAAGUUCUAUGAUUGUUUCAAGAAUGUUCUGAAAUCAAGAGGCAGCCCUAUUCAAAUAGAAGAAUUGGAUAUUGAAGUUAUGGAAUCUUCCCAUUUUAUGGAUAUUCCUUGUUUUAUUGAUAUAAAAUACAUGAAAAGCCUAGAAAUAUAUCGUUACAAAGAUGAAGAGCAGUCUCUCGAUGAAAUCGUAGAAUUGGAUGGCUGGGAGUGCAUUCAGGAACUGUCAAUUAAAAAUUUCAAAGUCACUAUUCCCCUUGAAAGAUUUCUACACAAAUCACAAUUGAACAUUCGGAUUCCAACGAUUUCCAUGGAAGAUGUCCUAUUCUUAAAGAUGAGACUACUCACUUCUCCAGUUUUCGAGGAUUACACAAUUUUUUAUGACAAUCUGAAAGACAUGGACCGGUUAAUCUCAGUUCUAGGACGUUUUCAAGUUGACGACGAUCAAGAGAAACAUUGUAUAAUGUAUCGAUCGAUUUGCUCUCAAAUAUUGUGCUUGAAAUGGUUCAAAUCGCCACCGGAAGAAGUCACAGAUAACGAAGUAUCAAUAAUGGAUAUGCCAGAUUUAGUGAUGAGGAAGAUUAUGGGCCAUGCCGGCUUUUUAUCCAUAUCAUUGAAAGCCAAAGAGUUGUCUUGUGAGCUUAUUGUCUGUAAUAAUUACAGUAUACAACUCCGAAAAGUGUGUCACGCAUUCCGAAACUUCAUCGACGAUACAAAACUGGAUUAUGGAUUUACUCGAGUGAAUGUUGUGGUUCGACCAUUUUUAAUCCGUGUGAUAAUUGUUCUUUCCUCUUCCGAUCUCAUCGAUUUAAUUUAUGCUAAAUACGGAACGGACAGUUUGGUAAAUUGGAAAGUGAAUGGAUUGGAUAGGGAGUUGUAUAUUGAAGUUAUGGAAUCCCGCCAUUUCAUGGAUAUCGCUCGUUUCAUUGAUAUAAAACACAUGAAAUGCCUAGAUGUAGUUUGUCUGAAUCAACCUGGUUUCAAAAAAGAACAGCAGUUUCUUGAUGAAAUCGUAGAAUUGGAUGACUGGGAGUGCAUUCAAGAAUUGACAAUUAGAAAUUUCAAUAUCAAUAUACCACUUGAAAGAUUUCUACACAAAUCACACUUGAAUAUUCGAAUUCCAACAAUUUCCAUGGAAGAUGUCCUAUUCCUGAAGAUGAGACUUCUCACUUCUCCAGUUUUCGAGGAUUACACAAUUUAUUAUGACGAUCUGAAAGACAUGGACCGGUUAAGCUCAGUUCUUGGACGUUUUGAAAUUGACGCAGUGAAAACGAAACAUUGGUAUUUUCGAAUUCCGGGCACAAAACAAGUACUCGAUAUCGGCCAUCAACGUUGUUAUGAUUAUUUUAGAUUUUUUUUCUUGCGUAAGGAGAUUAGCUAUGUUCCUAAAUAUGCAAUUGUUUAA